UACGAACUUAAAAAUAUUGCACAACAAAUGAAGGAAGAAAUGGCGUUUGCGAUUAUGAUUUGUGAGGAAUUUGGUAUUCAGUACUAGAUUUAGGGAGAAAAUGUCUGGUAUGCAGAGUGAGAGUCAAAGCGAGAAAGAACCAGAAUUUGAUUGGUUACAACUUCGUACUGAAAUCGAUAGUCAACAUUCUGAUGUGUCAGCCCAAGAUAAGUUGCUACGGAAAGUGAAAGAAAACCCACUCGUUCCUAUAGGUUGUUUGGCAACAUUUGGUGCUCUGUCUUAUGGCUUGUGGAGCUUCAGAAAGGGGAGACAUCAGAUGUCACAAUACAUGAUGAGAUUACGAAUAGCUGCUCAGGGUUUUACAAUUGUGGCAAUGAUGGUAGGAAUUGCUGCUAGUGCGACACGCAGCAAGGAAUGAUGGGAUUGUGUUGUUGCAAACUGUAAGUGAUGUCUUACAUCAAUAUGUAUAUUCUUAUAUAGUGCACUGAAAAUGUAUGUAACAUAAACAAGUUGCAUCUCACGCAUA